AUGGGCGACAACCUAACCGAGCAGCUGCGCAAGGCUACUAUCAAGGAUGAUAGCACAGAUGGUGACUGGAAGAGCAAGCUUCAAGCACCAGUCAAAGAUUCAAGAGUACAAACUGAAGACGUUACAGCCACGAAGGGGCUCGACUUCGAAGACUUUUACAUAAAGCGGGAACUUAUGAUGGGCAUAUUUGAGGCUGGAUUUGAGAAACCCUCACCCAUCCAAGAAGAGACCAUUCCUGUCGCGCUCACUGGCCGAGAUAUCCUUGCCCGAGCGAAGAAUGGUACAGGCAAGACUGCGGCGUUUGUCAUUCCUACACUAGAACGAAUCAACCCCAAAAACUCCAAAACACAAGCUCUCAUUCUAGUGCCAACACGCGAGCUUGCCCUCCAAACCUCACAAGUAUGCAGAACCCUGGGGAAGCACCUGGGCAUCAACGUCAUGGUCACAACAGGCGGAACGGGGCUCAAAGACGACAUUAUCCGCCUGGGGGAUACGGUGCACGUCAUCGUCGGCACGCCUGGCAGAGUGCUCGACUUGGCCAGCAAAGGCGUUGCAGAUUUGUCAGAAUGUCCCAUUUUUGUCAUGGACGAAGCCGACAAACUGUUAUCACCCGAAUUCACCGUUGUCAUCGAGCAGAUUCUCGCCUUCCACCCGAAGGAUCGCCAGGUCAUGCUCUUCAGCGCCACUUUUCCCAUGAUUGUCAAAGACUUCAAAGACAAGAACAUGCAGAAUCCGUACGAGAUCAACCUCAUGGACGAACUUACCCUGCGAGGAAUUACUCAAUACUAUGCUUUUGUGGAGGAGAAGCAAAAGGUUCAUUGUCUCAAUACUCUCUUUCAGAAGCUUCAAAUCAAUCAGUCGAUCAUCUUCUGCAACUCCACCAAUCGUGUCGAACUUCUGGCCAAAAAAAUCACCGAACUAGGCUUCUCCUGCUUCUACUCUCAUGCGAAGAUGGCUCAGCACAACCGCAACAAGGUUUUCCAUGACUUCCGUAAUGGAGUCUCUCGAAAUCUUGUCUGUUCGGAUCUUCUUACUCGAGGAAUCGACAUUCAAGCUGUUAAUGUUGUCAUCAAUUUUGAUUUCCCCAAGAAUGCAGAGACAUAUCUCCAUCGCAUUGGCCGUUCAGGUCGUUUUGGACAUCUUGGUCUCGCAAUCAAUUUGAUCAACUGGGAUGACCGAUUCAACCUAUACAAGAUCGAGAAGGAGCUGGGCACAGAAAUUCAACCCAUCCCGCGCUCUAUCGACAAGUCUCUCUACGUGUACGAUGCUCCGGAAAAUAUACCUCGUCCACCAUCCAAUGCACCAAAACCAAAUACAUCCGACCAGGACAGUCCUAGCACCAACGGACAGGUCAAUCGCCGAUCACAAGGAUAUCAAGCCAAUGGACAACAGUACGGAUCUCGAGGUGGCUACGGACAGCAACAGCGAGGAGGAUAUCGAGGACGGGGACAGGGCCAGCGUCGGGCACCACCGCCAGACAGUGCUUGGCCCAAUGGUCAAGCGUCUGCGACACAAGCAUGA